AUGGCGCGGCGCCCCUCCCAAUCCUCUGACCGCGCCGUCACACAUGUCCAAUGCCACAUCACUGUCGCCCCUGCCAACCCCUCUAAUAUUGGAAAAAUUGUGAGGGAUGCAGUGGAUCUUGUCGAUCUUGUCUGGAUUCAGCGACCAGGGAGCGAGGACGGCCGGCCCUGCUUUGCCACCAAGGAUAUCGACACCCACUCCUCCCCACGCGGACGCUCCUUCACCCGCAUGGACCUGCGGUGCGUGCUCUGCGUGGCCGCCGGGGCUCUCUUCGCCGUGUUCCUCCUCGGGGCCUCCUGGAUCGCAUUCCCCUCCGCCUCAUUCUUCCUCCUCCAAUAUUCCCCUGCCACCCAGCGCGCACCCCCGCGCUUCGCCUACCUCAUCUCCGGCUCGGCCGGCGACGCUGGCAGGCUCCGCCGCUGCCUCCUCGCGCUCUACCACCCACGGAACCACUACAUCCUCCACCUGGACGCGGAGGCGCCCGACUCGGACCGCACGGGGCUGGCGGCGUUCGUGGCCGCGCACCCGGUCGUCGCCGCCGUGGGGAAUGUGCGAGUGGUGGAGAAGGCCAACCUUGUUACCUACCGAGGGAUCACCAUGGUCACCACCACACUGCACGCCACCGCCAUCUUCCUGCGGGGGCCCGGCGCGGACUGGGACUGGUUCAUCAACCUCUCCGCCUCCGACUACUCGCUCGUCACUCAGGACGAUCUGAUGGACGUCUUUUCGCGGCUGCCGCGUGACCUCAACUUCAUCGAGCACACGGGCGACCUGGGUUGGAAAGCGCCUGCGAGGGUGAUGCCGGUCGUCGUUGACCGUGGCCUCUACAUGAAGACGAAGCAAGAUCUGCUGUGGAUGAAUGAGACCGAGAAGCGGGAGCUGCCCACUGCUUUCACACUCUUCACUGGUUCUGCGUGGAUGGUGUUGUCUCGGCCGUUCGUGGAGUACCUGAUCUGGGGUUGGGACAACCUCCCGCGGACGGUCCUCCUCUAUUAUGCCAACUUCGUCUCCUCUCCGGAGGGCUACUUCCAAACUGUGGUCUGCAGCGCCAAUGAGUUUCGCAACACCACUGUAAACCACGACAUGCACUACAUCUCCUGGGACAACCCCCCAGGUCAGCACCCACAGCUCCUCAACGCCAGCCACUGGGACAAGAUGGUUGGCAACAAGGCCCCCUUUGCGCGGAAGUUCGGCCAGGACGACAUGGUGCUUGACAGGAUAGAUGCAGACCUCCUGUUACGGCCACCAGGCAUGGUCACCCCUGGAGGCUGGUGCAGGGGGGAUGUUAGCAGAAGUAGCGAUGGUCCUUGUUGCUCCGUGGGGAGCCCGACGCGUCUGCUUCCCGGCCCUGGAGCUGCACGGCUACAAAGGCUGGUUACGUCGCUCAUGUUGGAGAAGAACUUCCGGUCGAAACAGUGCAAAAUUGAGCACAACUAUUGA